AUGCCCAGCUGGCGCAUUAUACAACUCCUGCGCCGGCUGGAGAGGCGAAUGGCCAUAAGGGUUAUCCGCGGGUACCGCACCAUCUCCUACGUGGCGGCGCAGGCUCUGGCGGGUGAAAUACCCUUCGAACUGCAGGCGGCUACACACGUGUUAGUCUAUGCGUGCGUGCAGGCUACCCGCCUCGUUCGGAGGACUCCGCCUGAGCCAGAGUCGGAGACGGUCGAGGAAUUCGAACGCCAGGCCUGGCGACUGGCGCUCGCGAAUUGGCGACUGGAACUAAGCUCCCACGCCGGCGAGCGCGUCGCCGGGGCCCUCCUGCCGCACCUCAAAAAGUGGCGGGAGAGGCGGGAAGGAAGUGGCGGCAGCCCGCCACCACUCGCCAGUGGCGAGGAGGAGGACUCGGCGCAGCACAGCUGGAGGAAUGCCCCGCCCUUUCAGCGCAGCGUCGAGUCCUACGGGCCCAAAUCGGGCAUCACCUCUCGUUCCCAGCAGUAG